UAGCAAUAAACCUCUAGUCACCACACUGUGUCCACACAAUUAAUAAGAAUCAGUUUUAACUGAUUAUAGCUUUAGUGUCAGUUUUUCAAUUUCACGUGUCAUAGCAUUAUAAACAUAAUAAAAAUUGGUUUGCAUAAUGGCACGCAGGUAUGAUACGCGUACGACGAUUUUUUCGCCAGAAGGACGUCUCUACCAAGUAGAAUAUGCAAUGGAAGCCAUAAGCCAUGCAGGUACUUGCCUUGGUAUCUUAGCAACUGAUGGCAUUUUAAUUGCAGCAGAAAGACGCAAUACGAACAAACUUUUAGACGAAGUAUUUUUCUCUGAAAAAAUUUACAAGCUUACAGAUGAUAUUGUUUGUUCUGUCGCUGGUAUCACUUCUGAUGCCAAUGUAUUAACAAAUGAAUUGCGCCUAAUUGCUCAACGUUAUCUUCUGCAAUACGGAGAACCAAUUCCUUGUGAACAACUUGUUACUUAUCUUUGCGAUGUAAAACAAGCAUAUACACAGUAUGGUGGAAAGAGACCAUUUGGAGUUUCGAUUCUGUAUAUGGGUUGGGACAAGCAUUAUGGAUACCAAUUAUAUCAGUCAGAUCCAAGUGGAAAUUAUGGAGGCUGGAAAGCAACUUGUAUUGGGAAUAAUUCUGCAGCUGCAGUGUCAUCAUUGAAACAGGAUUAUAAAGAUGGAGAGACAACACUGAAAGAUGCUAUGGCAUUAGCUAUAAAAGUACUUUCAAAAACCUUAGAUAUGAAUAAAUUAUCUGCGGAUAAAGUGGAAAUGGCAACCUUAACAAGGGAAAAUAACAAAACCAAGAUGAAAAUCCUUCCUGCCAACGAAAUUGAUGCCUUAAUCGCAGAACAUGAUCGUAUAGAAGCACUUGCUGAACAAGCAAAGAAAGAAAAACAAAAAUUAUAGAAAUAAAAUAUGUUAUGUACUGUAUCUUUCCUUGUGCAUUUCUGUUUAAAAAAUAUUAUCCUGGAAUUUCAUGAAUUUUUUUGUGUUUUUUAAUUUUCACAUACAUAAAAAAUCAGGGACUUUUUCAUGUAUCGCAUUCGGUACUAAAAAGAAGAGGUACACUAAUAAGAGAUAAACAUAAA